UGCUUCCUUUCUUCCCUUUCCAGGUUUGCAGUAAGCCUUGGCUACUGGCAUGACCCUUACAUUCACCAUUUUGUGAGACUGUCUAAGGAGAGGAAGGCCCCCGAAAUUAACAGAGGAUAUUUUGCUCGAGUCCAUGGCGUCAGUCAGCUUAUAAAGGCAUUUCUACGGAAGACAGAAUGUCAUUGUCAAAUUCUAAAUCUUGGGGCUGGGAUGGAUACCACCUUCUGGAGAUUAAAGGAUGAAGAUCUUCUCCCACAAAAAUAUUUUGAAGUCGAUUUUCCAAUGAUCGUCACGAGAAAGCUACACAGCAUCAAUCCAGAUGGACACCUGUUGGAUUCAAAGAGAUAUGCCAUUAUUGGAGCAGAUCUCCGAGAUAUACCUGAACUGGAAGAGAAACUAAAGAAAUGUAACAUGAAUCCACAAUUGCCAACACUCCUGAUAACUGAAUGUGUGCUGGUUUACAUGUCUCCGGAGCAGUCUGCCAACCUUCUCAAGUGGGCGGCCAGCAGUUUUGAGACUGCCAUGUUCAUAAACUACGAACAGGUGAACAUGGAUGACCGGUUUGGACAGAUCAUGAUCGAGAACCUGAGGAGGCGACAGUGUGACCUGGCAGGAGUGGAGACCUGCAAGUCGUUAGAGUCACAGAAAGAACGGCUCCUGUCGAAUGGGUGGGAAACGGCGUCAGCAGUCGACAUGAUGGAACUGUACAGCAAGUUGCCUCAAGCUGAAGUGAGCAGAAUAGAGUCACUUGAAUUCCUGGAUGAAAUGGAGCUUCUCGAACAGCUCAUGCAGCAUUACUGCCUUUGUUGGGCAACCAAAGGAGGGCAUGAACUAGGUUUGAAGGAAAUCACUUACUAAUUUGUUGGAGGCCUGUGCUGAGCCGGGAGCUGAAGCCACUGACCUUCCCAGAGUUGUUGGGCCACGUUUCCUGGGUGGUGGCCUGACCUGGCCUGCCAGCCUCAUCCCACACCCCAAGAAGCCUCAGCUCCUAGGGCUGUCGCACCACCUUCUGUGCCCGUUGACUUAUCGUUGAAAUAAAUCUGUUGUUGCCAAUC